AUGUCGCUCUGAGGUCUGCUCUGCUGUGUGUUUGUGUCAAACACGCCGUCGCUUCCUGGUUACAGGGGGACUGCCGUGCAACAUUUCCGGGAGUGAUGGUCAGUUACUUGAGUUCGGUCGCGCGGGUCGCUGAAGGAUCAUGCUGAUUCUCAUCUCACGGUUAUUAUUUAUGACGGCGGUGUGGCGUGUGGCAGAAGGGAAGACACCUCUGCCAUAUGAAUCAAAUGGAACAUGUAACAAUGCAUCCUCCGAAUAUUACGCCAAACACCUGGAACUGUGCUGCAGUAGAUGCAAACCAGGGACUCAUCUGGCGUCUGAGUGUACUAGCAAUUCGGACACCAUCUGUGAACCCUGCAAAGAUGGACAUUACUCAGAAACUAUGAACUAUUUUCCCAACUGUUUCUCUUGUCUAAAGUGUAGAAAUGAGAAAGGACUGAUUUAUAGAAUAAACUGCUCUGCUGAUACCAACGCUGUCUGCAUUUGCAAGCCUGGGAUGUUCUGUUCUAAACAAAAUUCCAAUGAAGCAUGUGUGGAAUGUAAAACGUAUAAAUCCUGCAAACCUGGUCAAUAUGUCACCAAACCAGGCUUACCUAAAUCUGAUGUCAAGUGUGCAUCGUGUCCGUCUGGAACGUUUUCAAACCACAGUAAUGCUGAGGAGUGUAAACCACACACACAAUGUGAAGACAGGUCAGUUUUAAGACUUGGCAACCCUACAACUGACACAUUGUGUGAGAUGAUGCCACCACCACCAACAACAACAACCACAACAACAACAACAACAACAACGACUCCUCUUCCGAGUUCACCAAAGCAUACUCUGCAAAAACAUCUGAGUACAUUUUGGAGCCAAAAGGAGGAAACCCAGCACAUGAACAUAACCACCAAAUCUCUGCCUCCAUCAAGCAGCGCGACACCAAGCACAUCAAAAACACUUCGGGAAAGUCGGUCUCCUGACUCAAAAGACAUGAUCUACUACACUGUCAUUGUUGCUUGCGUGCUGGUUUUGCUGACGGGGUUGGCAGUGCUGGGGAUUAUCGCUUGCAAGUUUCAAAAGAGAAAAGCAGGUUUACAAAGGGUUCAGAUCGCAGAUGCCAAAAAGCAGGAGCAGGAAGCCUCAGCGAGCGGCACACCUGAUUGUCAGCACCUGUUACCCGUCGACAGGUGCCAGAAGGAGCCGUCCAUGACUUCAUCGGACAGCCAGAGUCAGCCAGACUCAAGUCACAGCAGCACUGACUGGCUGGAGCGCACCAGUCAAGAGGAGUCCAUACCGGAGCAGCCAUCCGUCUCCAGCCCCAUGGUCAAUCUCAGCAUCACGGCCACCAUCAACUGCCAGCUGAACCCGAUGACACCGUCCUGCUCCAUCCCUCUCAGCACAUCCGCACGGACACCCCAUGUUGAAACUCCGGUGCCGCUUUCUCAAGAAGAGGUCUGUAUAUCCUGCCAGCAAGAGGACGGCAAAGAAGCUGUGCAGUCAGUGCAGGAGAGCGACCCGUGUGUCUUCUGAUUGGACUGAUCAAAUGUAUACGUUUCGAGAAAUGCAAUGUAAUGUUAAACAGAUAAAAAAAGACAUGUAUUGCAUUAAUU